AUGGGCACGAGACAACUCUCCAUGGGGGAGUCCAUGGCUAAAGUACGAGAAAGAUUCUGGGUGCCAAGGCUUCGACGGCUUGCUAAGAGAGUAGUGAAGCACUGCUUUGGAUGCAAGAGGUUCCAGGCUCAGUCCCUUCAUGACCCACAACCAGGUGAUCUGCCGAAGUCACAUACUGAAGGGAGUACACCUUUUGAUGUCAUUGGGGUGGACCUUGCAGGACUAAUCAAGUAUGGUGGUAGGUGCAAGACAGAGGAGAAAACCUACGUCGUACCAUACUCCUGUUGUCUUACCCGCGGAAUCUUUCUGGAAGUGCUUCCCAGCCUAGGGACGGGCGAGUUUAUCAAGAGCUUUAAACGUCUGAUCGCGAGGAGGGAUCGACCAUCCCUUGUCCACUCAGACAACGGUUCUACGUUCACAGCUGCGGCAAAAUGGCUCACGAAAGUGAAGGAGGAUGAGAAGUUCCACUCAUUCUUGAGUGAUCAAUCCUUUACUUGGUGCUUUAAUGUGAGUAGAGCGCUGUGGUGGAGAGGACACUUCGAAAGACUUAUUGGCUUAUUUAUGUCUUCAUUCUACAAGUCUGUGGGUCAGGGUCUACUAAGCUGGGACGAGCUCUGCGAGGUAGUCCUUGACAUCGAAGUGUCGCUUAACCAGCGACUCCUCAGUUAA